GAUGACGCUAGUGUACUAUAUGUACACAAGGCGGCAGCAGCAGCACGGGUGUAUGGUGAUGGUGUGGUUAAUCACCUUUAGGUUAGAAAUUUAAUACCCAGGCCUUUGAAAAGAAGAAUCUUUAGCUGCAAAGAAUACCUUAUUAUUCUUCUUUUGAGGCCUUUCCAAUUCUUAUAAAUCACAGUAUCCUAUCCUGAGACGUGAAGAUGCGAUUAAAUUAUUACGUGGUGCUCGGCUGCGGCGAGAAUUCCACUCAGGAGGAGAUUAAGCGUGCUUAUCACCGGCGCGUACUGCAGUUUCAUCCUGAUAAGAAUAACGCCGCGGACAUUCAAAAGUAUCACGACGUCAACGAAGCUUGGCGGUUACUCGGAAAUCCGUCAUCCAGAAAGCGGUAUGAUGCAGCCUGUAAGCAGGAACAAUUAGAAGGAAAGGACAGUCUGGUGUACGCGCGAAUCUCGCCGGAUGACCUUCAGGAAUCCGCUCUCGAAGGCACGUUGUUUUACCGCUGCAAAUGUGGUGAAAAUUACUUCGUUGAACGAGAAGAUCUUCGAGAGAACAUUGAACUUGAAGUAAUGUGUGACGGCUGUACGCUUUUUAUCAUUGUCGAGAGAAGAUCAACGUAAAACAUCAGGAUAGCUUGUGCAACAAACUACAAUUUUUGAUAGCACUUACAGGCUUUUUGAAAAGUCUGUAAAACAUGACUGAAUAUUAUUUAAUCAAAUAAUUAUAUAAGCAAAAUGAUGAGAUGCACUUUCUAUGCAAUGAUUAUAGUACAAUACAAUGACGAGAUGAUACCCACAGCUGUAUAGAAAGAGGUCAAAAUCGAACAUUUAUUUUGUACAAAAUAUGUUUCUUAGCACAAGAAUAUGUUUACAGUUUGUAAUAAAUUUAAAAAAAAAAAACAAAAUCUAAA